UGUUUCGGGCCAAAUGGGUGGGGUGGGGAUGGGUGGGGGACUGCUGGACAUCUACGCCAUGGCCUGGGAGCAUCUCAGACCCGGAAGCUCACCCGUCGAUUGGUGCGAGGGCAAUUACUUAAUUUCAUCAAAUAUAGCAGAGUUCGUGAACACGUUCAGCAACUUCCUGUUUAUACUACUUCCUCCGGUGCUUAUUAUGCUCUUCAAGGAGUACGGACGCUUCGUUACCCCCGGCAUCCAUGUGAUCUGGGUUCUGCUGAUCGUGGUUGGACUGAGUUCCAUGUACUUUCAUGCCACUCUGAGUCUAAUUGGCCAGCUGCUGGAUGAACUGGCCAUUCUGUGGGUCUUCAUGGCGGCCUUCUCGUUAUUCUAUCCCAAGCGCUAUUAUCCCAAGUUUGUGAAAAACGAUCGCAAAACCUUCAGUUGGCUCAUGCUCCUAUCGGCGAUUGCCGCCACUUUUCUGUCUUGGUGGAAGCCGAUCGUUAAUGCCUUUGUUCUGAUGUUCAUGAGUGUACCGACAAUGGUAAUGCUCUACAGGGAGCUCCAGAGAGUUAGCGACCAGAGAGUCUAUCGCUUGGGCAUCCGCUCCACCACCGUCUGGGCCGUGGCUGUCUUCUGCUGGAUCAACGACAGGGUGUUCUGCGAGGCCUGGUCCUCAAUCAACUUUCCGUACCUGCACGGCUUCUGGCACAUUUUUAUAUUCAUUGCCGCUUAUACGGUCUUGGUGCUGUUUGCCUACUUCUAUGUGGAAUCAGAGCUUCCCCAGCGCCAGCCCCUGCUCAAGUACUGGCCGAAAAACGAGUUUGAGUUCGGGAUACCCUUCAUAUCGAUCCGAAAUCCAGAUUCGAAAGAUUGGCUCGUCUACUGCAGCCUGUACAUGCAGGACUAUGACUACAAGCACCGAAAGAACUGAUCCCAGUUCUUUCUGUGGAGUGUUAUUUCCAAAAAACAUAGACAUACACAGCGUGAUAUAAAUUAGUAUUGGAGGAGUAUUGGAGUGCCCAAAUUAAAUAUAUACAAUCCUUAGCGGUUAAUUAGCUUGCUGCUCAACACAGACGCCAAUCUGUAGCACCCAAGAAGUGUAUAGCUGCCAUAUAGAGCGUUACUUUUAAGAACAAUACAAUAAUAUAAUAAUUAAAACAAUA